AUGUUGGGCCCGGAAUCGGGAUUAGAAAACCCGAAGAUGGUGAAACUAGUCAGGGAGGGAAAUUCGAGUCCUGGUACCUUGUCCUCGAGAUCCAGCACGCCCACUCGGAAAUCCGUGGCGAGAAAAGAAAAACUUCGUCAGACCACACGUACCAAGUCUGCUCAGUCUGGUCGGGGAUACAACAAGGAAGUUGCAGCUGAGGACUCAGACUAUUUGUUUGGGUCGGAUUUUGAGGAUGUGGGGUCGGACAAUGCGGGGGAGAACGAGAGCAAUACGAGUUACCAUUCAGACCUCUCAGUCAGCGAUGCAGAGAGCGAAUGUGAUAUGGACAUUGACGGCAGCUUUGCCGCACAGACCCGAGACGACAUCAGUGACGGUGAGUCUUCGGAUUCGAGCAGUGUUGGUGGUCCCCAGAGGGGCCCAUACCAGUCCCAAAGGCCUGCGUCGCCCGUGCCGGUGUGGCUGCGGGAGGACAAGGACGUUUCUGUGCUGGAACUCCCGAAGUCCUCGGAGGACCUCCUCGUGCCCCGUGAAUUUGUCAUGCAGACGCUCUGCGUCUACGAAGCUCUGAUGCACUUCAGGACAUUGUGCCGCAUCUCUCCGUUCCGGAUCGAGGACUUCUGUGCCGCCCUCGAGUACCCCAGUGAUAAUUCCCUGUUGAGAGAGGUGCACAUCUCCUUGUUGAAGGCAUUGCUUCGUGAGGAAGAAGCACAACAUGUGCAUUUUGGAGCUGUGGACCAGAGAGACAGUAUCAAUGCUGACAUUUAUUUCAUGGACAGCUUGACAUGGCCUGCUGUUUUGAAAGGGUACAUGGAGAGUGAUAAAAAGUUCAAGGAGGUCUGUGAUCUCCUGAAGCCAGAUUACCCCAGUGCACCAUUGGAAGUGAGGCUCCAAGUGCUCCAGUUUCUGGUCAAUGAAUUCAUGAUCACUGGACAGGCCAGGGAGUUCCUUCAAAAUGAGGGCACUUACAUCCACGAAGACCACUGCCGCGUGUGUCAUCGGUUGGGAGAUCUCCUCUGUUGUGAAACUUGCUCAGGGGUGUAUCAUCUUCAGUGCAUGGAUCCUCCUUUGGAGGAUGUUCCAGAUGAAGAUUGGCAAUGCCAGAUAUGCAAGGCUCAUCUGGUGCCUGGUGUUAAGGAAUGCAUUCCAGACUUUGAAAGGGUUUUGACUCGCAAGGAAGCCUUGGGAUACGACCGCCACGGUCGUAAGUACUGGUUCCUCUGUCGGCGUUUGCUGAUUGAGACUGAAGAUGGAGAAGUUUGGUACUACAGUACUGAGGCACAAUUCAAUGAAGUUCUCUCUAGACUUGACCCACAGGAGUAUGAGCAUGGCCUCUUUCAGGAAAUGGAUGCUCUUAGGGAAAGAGCUGGUGAGCAAAUGCUCUUGACCUAUGAACUCACAGAGAAGCACAAGCCAAGUGGGGUGAAAGUGACUGCUCUGCAGAUGGAUAUUGAUGACGUGAAUCAAGUCCGACAAGACUCUGCUGAUGGAGAGGGGCAUAAAGACAGUGAUGAUAUGCAAGGGAGAGGGAUUGAUUUUCCAGAUGAAUCAUCUCUACCUACCCAAAAGGAGGAAGUUGUCAUAGAAGAAUCCAUUGGAAUGGAAGUACCACAGGUGAUAUCUCAGGAAACAUUAGGGAAUGCUGAUUCACGAGCCAAUACUGACAAAAAGGCAGCUGAAUCUGAUACCUCCAAUACUCCAGGAGGAAUCGUGACCAGAUCAAAGACAGGAUCCCUGCAGCCCAUGCGAUACUCCCUUAAUGAUCUGAAUUUGAGGACUUAUAGUCGCUCCCAUGCUGAGGGAAAUCAGCACUCAUUCAAAUUCUCAGGUGCAUACAAGCUGGGCAUGGAAGGGAAUUUCAAGAAGUAUGAAAAUCAGUACUCCACAAAUCCCUUGGCUCUGAGUAAGCCACAGCACCAGGAGGAGAGAGAGAAGCGGCGUCACCUGUCUCACAAAUUUUCCAUGGCCCAGGCUGGAGAUUUCAAGUGGCCUUCUGCACAUAAUGUUGGAGACGAGAUGGAACUUGUUCUGAGCAUUCGGCAAGCGUUGAUAAACCUGCAGACAAACAUUCCAGCAUCGUUUCUUCAUCACAACUGGUAUGCUAUCUCCAAUCAGUGGUUGAGUCUUGUACGUACGUGCAACGAUUCGAGGGGCUUUGCCAAGGCACUCACCAUCCUUGCUCAGUGCAUUAGGCCCAUUGCAUACACAGGGAUUUGGAAUGAAGGCAUGGGGCACACUAGAUGGCAUAGACUCACAGCAGGUGCAAGAGAGUUUCGGAAGAAGCAGGAAAAGAGGGAACAAAAGGAGAGGGAGCUGGAAGAGGAGAGGUGUCGAUAUACGGGAAUCUUUGUCAAGUAUACACUGGGACUCAAGCACCAGGUGUUCAAGCAGAAGGGAGAGGAGUACCGAGUCCAUGGGCAAUGGGGUUGGCAGUGGAUGUCUGCCACAUGGACCCAUCGACCCAAGAACUGUCACGAACUGGGUCUCCGAGCUGGCCCUCAGCGAUAUGUUGUUGAAGUCAAAACACAAGACAAGAUCUCCUUGCUGCCUGUUGAUCCCAGCUGCUACCAGUUGCUACUGAAUCGCAAGAUGGAAGAGAAGAUCACAGCACCAAGGUCAUCUGCUUCAUCUGAGAUGCCAAAGCGUGAGGAGGAGGAAGAUGAAGGAGUAGCCCUUGACAUGGAAGAAGAUUUUUCAUCCUCCAAAACUACACUCCAUCCUGAUGUGUCUCAGCAGCCAGACACGCUGUUCCCUGACAUUGGGAAUCCUGAUCUGAUAGAUGUUUCUGAAGGUCUGGCUGCAUCGGGAGCAAGGCGGGUCUAUCCUAAACUGGCUGCGAGGUCAAAGGUCCUGGAUUCGUUCCUAUCCCGACGGCUUUCCAUGGCCAAGCUGGAAGACGCUGUUAUGGCAAAACAUGAAGGAAUCAUUGAUGCCUCACAGCUGAAAACAGAAGUACAUAAGGAAGACAAAGAUGGACCUGCCUUGAAGACUGAAGAAUCUGAGGACCGGAUCGUCCUGUACACAACAGAUCCACUCAUGGCAGAGAUCUUUGCCCUGUACGACACACAGCCAUACGAGUGUGCACGACGGAUGAUCGAGGUCGGGAAAGCGUACGAUUCAAUGAACAAUCUGACCAAGUUGUACCCUUGCUAUUCCCCAUCGUGCAAUGCAGACGAAGGGAAAGUCUGCUAUUCGACCUAUUGCCGGCGGAGGAAGGAACUUGCCGGAAGGUAUCUGGAGAUGCGAAAAAUCUUUCAACUGGUGAAGGACAAGAAGAUGCGGCAGGUGGUUCUGGAUUCCACUGGGGCAGGAAAGCAGCCACCUCUUCCUUCUCCAAAGGCAGAGUCAGUGCCAACACUGAAUGAAGAGAAUCGCAUUGACACAACUCCCUCCACAAAGGGAAAGGUGUAUUUGAAGAAGGUUGAAGCCAGUGACAUGGGUGGGAAGAAACCACUGGUCAAAUACCCACUCACGUCUUCAUUCCGUACUCGAGGAAGCAAGAAGUAUUCCAUUAUGAUCUUACCUCAGUAUGAGCUGAGGAAGUUGGCUCGUCGUGGUGGCAAAGAACAAGUGAUUCAGGCCGUGUGGCCAUACCCAUGCCCUCGCCCUAUCUUCAAGACGUGCUGGCUAUAUCGACUUGCUGUGACUAAGAGUCUUCAUGAAGCAUCUCUCCUUGCUAGGAUCCUUUGGGCUUCCCUCAAGUGGGAUGACAUGCAGAUGCGGCUUCCCUCAUUGGACACAAAGCAUCAGGUGACAACUGACACAGAGAUUGUCACCACUGAGGUCCUGGACAAGAAGAUGGAAGGCCGUUUUGAGGAGGACUACAAAUAUCUCGUUCGUCGUGUUGUCAUCCCCCUUGACCUUCCUAAAACUGUCAGAGAAGUUGCACCAUCCCGCAGUGGACUGCGGAAACGUAAAAGAGCAGAGUCUCCCUUGACGGCAGAACCUCGGGUGGUCGAAGAAUGGGUCGGUGAGGAUCACUUGGAGCUUUGGCAGAUCAAGCAGUUCCAUGCCAGGAAGGAGAGGUCCACACCCACACCUGUCCUGAAGGGGAAAGAGGUAAAGGACAACAACGGGAAAGGAAUGCCUGACCUCAGCAAUGCCCGUCUCUCCAUCUCUCGCUCUGUGGAAGACUUGAAGGAGAAGCUGGAGGAGCAGCUGAAGCUUCAACGUGCUGCACAAAAACAGAGGAUCAUCCUCAGUGACAAGGGUGCCUUCUCCUCGCCACAGCUCUUUGAACAUGUGACAACAGUCAGCACGGACGGACGCAAGUACACGAGGAUUUCCAUCCCGAGGAAUCUGAUGACUGGCAAGACCCUCUUAAAUGAUGGAAAAGUUCAAAUGAUCCAAGGAGCAGACGGGAAGGUGGUUGCUCACAUUGCAAGCCCAGCUGCUUCUCAAAUCGCUCCCAGUCAGAUCAUUCAGAUUGGAGACAAGCGCAUCCUCCUCACUCCUGGAGCAACUGCCCUAGGCAAAAAUGCCCUGGCUGGUCUUGCUAAUUUGGCAGUUGCCAAAGGAGGCUACGUUGUUGGAACCCAGCAGAUGAAAUCUGCUUUAGUGACAACAACCACUACCACAACUCCAUCCUUGGCAUCAAAAGGAAGGAAACUAGUCCCCCAGAUCACAUCUGUUCAAGGUGGUGUGGGGUUCAUGGCCACCCAAACCAAGACCGCUGACACCCAGCCACCUCCUGCCCAGUCCACUAAUUCUUCUGUACUGGUAAGGGCAUCAACAGGGAUGAUGGAGGAGCAGUCUAGCAUGGGAGAAUUUUCUGAUGACAGUUUUGGAACUGUCAGGAGUCCAAGUCAAAAAUCCAAAUCCAAGUUUGUUGUCACCCCCAGCUUCCUAAAGCAGACUAUCCAAACGGCUCUGAAGAGUGGAAACCUGAGCAAGGAGGUGGAAAUGAGGCUUGAAGAGUUCCAGAAGCUUCAUGAGAGGGGGAAAAUGGAUGCAGGGUUGUCCCUGGAUCUGGAUUAUGCCUUGCCUAGCUCUCCCAUGGGGGUGGAUACCUUUCCUGGCAGGGGUGGUUCUUCAAAGAAAAAGGGGACUUCAGGACAGAGUUCCUCCCGCUCUGCAGAUUCUGAUAGGGCUGUGCCAAAAAGUCGAUCCAGAAAAGACAAUAGCCGUAGCCGUAGCCGAGUGUCAGAAACACCGAUGUCUUCAUCAUCACCCCUUGCAUUUGAAGAGCCCCGAAAAACCAAGGAGGAGCUUCUGCUCCACAAGCACACCCAAUUUCUUAGGCGGGAAAUGAUCAAAAAACGUACUCAUCUGGAGAAAGUCAUGGAAAUUGAUCUUCAGCGGGAGAAGCUUGAGAAUGAUGCUGAGACGAGUUUGAGGUACGAAUCACCGUCCCCACCUCCGCAGCCACCUCCAAAGCGACGGAGACGCAGCAGCGGCAGUGAAGCAGAUCUCAGCCCCCCUAGGAUGAAGUCAUCUAAGAAAUCUCCCCAUGUAAGAACGUCAUCGUCGCCAUCGGGCUCUGCCUCUGGAAGCAAGAAGCGGAAGCUUGCCACUGGUUCGACGGUGGUCUUGGCUCCACCACUGAAGAAGGAUAGGGAAAAGCUUCCUACAUGCCAGAAGCUUCUUCCUGGCCAGAAGCUUCUCACUGGUCCUCCAAUGAACAAAAAGAACGCCAACAAGAUCUACUGCAUCUGCCGCACUCCCUAUGAUCCAUCCAAAUUCUACAUUUGCUGCGAUGAGUGUUCUGAUUGGUUCCACGGCGGGUGUGUUGGGGUGCUCCCAAUCGAGGGUGACACGAUCGACCAGUACUACUGUCCCACGUGCCAGCCCAAUAGUUCCCGGAAUCGUGCCAACAUGUCUCCGCUCACACCUGCUGGCUAUGAAGCGCUCAAGAGUGUCUUCUACAUCAUUAAGAGUCAUAAGCACGCUUGGCCAUUCCUGGAACCUGUUGAUCCCCAGGAGGUCCCCAAUUAUUAUCAUGUGGUCAAGGAUCCCAUGGACAUGAAGACUGUGGAGUCUCGACUCCAAGCGAAAGAAUACGUGAACCUCAAGGAGUUCCUCGGUGACAUGAUCAAGAUCUUCAACAACUGCAGACUGUUCCAUCCGCCGGAAUCGGCACUGUCGCAGUGUGCUAACACAUUGGAGUCCUUCCUUGCAGCCAAGCUGAAGGCCUUGCGGCCGAAAUUGGCAGCCGAAAGCAUUCAGCAGGGCCCACCAUUGAUCGCCUCUGGUCGAAAAUGAAUCGUGGAGUCUCCCCUUUCUUUACAGUACAAUUCCUCACUUAGCUAUGUUGUAGAUUUGUUUCCUCCUUAUGUUGUUCAGUGUGCCUUUUCCUAUCCCAUCAUGGAAUUCCGUUUUGCAGGCAAGACAGUAUGGACUUGCUGAUUUUCUCUUGCUCCUCUUUUUUCUCGCCUGUUUUCCUGUAUUAUGGUACGAGGAAAGUGUUUUCUAUAUUUUACAAAGCCUGUCUCUGCACGUG